UAUGAGUAAUGGCCAGUCCCAAACAGUGGUUUUCCUUAAAAUCUAUGGUCAAAGUGAGCUAGAGCACCAUAGCAGCCACCAGCCAGUAGCAGGCUGCAAGUUCUGUGCAUGCCAGUUCUCCGUCCUCUCGUGCGCUCAUCAGUGAGGAGUAGGACUGAGGACUGCUGCGGUUAGCUAGCCGGCCGGCCGGGCUCGCUGCAGGCCUGCCAUUACUACGUUUGCCAUUACUACGACUCCAGACUGGAAGGAACCGAGCCGCGCGCGCGCGCGCUGUUAAAACUCAUGAGAGCAGGCUCGCGCUCGGCUACUCCUACAACUCUUUCCGUCCACGAAUACUGCUCCCGUUUGUUUCACCACCUCACCUCAGUCCUCAGCGCGCUCAGCUACACUUGAGCGCAGCGUCUCUCCCUCCCGCGCCGUCUCGUCUCCUCGUGCUGUCGUGCCCGUGCGGCAGCCAGGCCAAGAGCGUCAGCCCCAUUCGCCCGUGAGGCCGUGACGCAAUCGAGCCCCAUGAGGCGGCGACGGUGGGCACGCGCCGCCGCCGCAGCGGUGCUGUCGUGCUUCGCCAUCGCCGUCGUGCUGCAGCUCGCCGUCGCCGAGUGCAGGACGCAGUCGAGGCGCGCGCGCGGUGACGACGGCCACGCCCACGCGCGCCCUCGCACUCACAGCGGGAGUGGGCUGCCGCCGUCGACGGGUGCAACGGCGACGACCGUGCACCACCAGCACCGUGCUGUGCCCACGGCGGCUGCUGCCGACGCGUUAGUCCGCUUCGACGCCGUCGUGGGCGCCUCCCGGUGUAAGAGCGGCAGGCGGAAAGCAGCGAGCGGCGGCGCUACUGCUGCUGGUGGUCGUGGUCGUGAUCGUGGUCGUGGUGCAUGCGCCGACGACGACGAUGACAAGCGGCGCAUACCGACGGGGCCUAACCCUCUGCACAACAGAUAGCUAGCUGAUCGUGCAUGCAGCCCAGCAAGAUCCAUCAAUCCUAUAAGACGAGAGGAGCAAGCAACGAGAAAUGCAAUGCAAGCCAAGCCACCAGAGUUCAGGGCUUUCUUGGUACUUACGAGCGAGCUCAUCAUCAUCUCCUACCACCCUCUGUUCUGUUCUGUUCACCACGGACAUGGACCAGAAGACACGAUAGCGAUCGGCAGUAGUGGUUGAGCUUCAGGAGUUGCGAAAACUCUCUGGACGCUGUCGUCCAUUAAUUUCCUCCUCUUCUUUUUUUUGUUCUUCCCGAGCUUUUCGUCUGCCAGCACCGGGUGUAUAUUCUUCCUAGCUAGCUGCGCUGCGCCUCUCUUGUUCAGUUGUUCUGUCAGAAGCAAAGCAAAAGAAUCGUUGCGCUCUCUCCCAGCUUUCCUCCGCUGGGCGCUUGUUCCCAU